GUGACUCUGCAACUUCCAUGGGUUCCAGCCACCCUGGUCCUUGCCUCCGUGCGCCGGCCGGAUGAGCACUGUAUCUCGUUGUCGCUUAAAGCAGUAAAAGUCCGAGGUGGGGAUCCCGGCCGGAGUGAGACUUCGGCGUCUGCCUCAAUCGGAAUUGCCCGGGCUACAAAUAGGAACCUUGGGCGGAGCGUUGGUAAUGUGGGAUGGUACGCAGUUGGCUUUCUCGAACAUAGAAUCCAGCCACGGCGCGAGGAAAGAAGUCCCAACAUGAAGGCUCAGAUAGCUGGUCUGGUGUUGGUCGCCGUGCUUCUGUACAAAGUUACAACAUGGUGGUUCCAUCCUUUACGAAAGUUUCCGGGGCCUCUGUCGGCUUCGUUCAGCAAUGCUUUGUAUUCGUGGAACUUCAUGAGUGGUCGCCAGCCCUAUCGUCAACUUGAGUUGCACGAGAAGUACGGGCCCGUCGUUCGUGUGGCACCAAAUGAGUUGAGCUUCAGUUCGUCAUCAUCAUGGCAAGAUAUCUAUGGCGUUCGCAAAGGGAUCGAGCCCUUCAUCAAGAGUGAAUUCUACGAUGGGGGCAACUUCGCCGCGGAAGCUUUGUCGAUCGUCAGCGAGCGUAACCCCAAUAAGCACGCAGAAAUGCGCAGGUAUUUGGGCACCGCAUUCUCCGACCGAUCUCUCAAGUCACAAGAACCGAUGGUCGCCGAGUGUGUCGACCGCCUCAUUGAGAAGAUUGGAACGGUUGACCAGGGGACGCAAGGAACUGAUAUGGUCAUGUGGUUCAACCUCGCUACCUUUGACAUCAUUGGCAGUUUGGCCUUUGGAAAGGAUUUUGGUGGCGUUAACUCGGGAAAAGAGCACUUCUGGGUCUCAAUCGUGACCAAGAGCUUGCGCAUGGGGGCUCUCGCCGACUGCUUUCGCAGAUUUCCGGCGCUCGCCAGCAUCGUUCAGACAGUGUUUUCUGGCCUCAUUGACAAGCUUCUCAAAGACAGUCGUACACACCAAAAGUAUACCAUGGACUUGGUUCAAAGUCGCCUCGCAUCUAACUCGGAUCGCGAAGACUUCCUCACGAAAAUGAUCGAGGCUCGAAACGAGGCCGCCAUUUCAGACGCUCAAAUUGCAGCACAUUCUUCUGAUUUCGUAAUCGCUGGAAGCGAGACGACGGCCACUACCCUUUCUUGCAUGACCUACUACCUGCUGAAGAAUCCAGUCAUCUUGGCACGAUUACAGGAAGAGGUGCGGUCAGCUUUCAGCAGCUAUGAGGAUAUUACGGCAGCAACUGCAACUCCAUUGAAGUAUCUUAGAGCGGUGGCGCAAGAGGCUAUGCGUAUCUAUCCUCCACUUCCUUUCGCCCUCCCUCGUGUGGUGCCUAAGGGUGGCUGCACGGUUGACGGACACUUUCUGCCUGGUGGAAUUACGGUGUCUACCAGCACCUUUGCGGCGAGUAUGUCGUCUUCUAACUUUUCAGAGCCGUGGGAGUUUAGACCCGAACGGUGGCUCGUGGACAAUACAGUCGACGAUCUCGAUGCUAGUCAGCCCUUCUCGUAUGGAACGCGAUCAUGCAUGGGACGAAGCCUCGGUUGGAUGGAAAUUCACACCGUCAUGGCCAAACUGAUUUAUCAGUAUGACUUAGAAAUCGCAGAUGAGAGCCUGGACUGGCACCGAGAGUCAAGAAUGCAUACCUUGUGGGAGAAGCCUCGUUUGAUGGCGAAGCUCAAGCCGCGCGUGGGUUGA